UUCUACUGUUACAUUUAGCAUGAAACGACAUUUCUCUUAUCUUAGUUCUUAAAUGAAAUAUGCACUAAAAAUAGAUACAUAUCUAUAUCUAUCUGUUUUAUAUACAGGUAAAUCCAUGUAGUAGAAACCAGAUGAAUGGACAAUCUGUUUGAUGUUUAUGAAUGGAAAAACUGAGCAAGAUGCCUGUGACAAGAUUUCAUCGGUAUCAUGGACAGAAUAUUGAUCUUUCUCAUGAUAGUAUGGUGGCUUCGAGAGAAACAAGCUUUGCACAUGCUCUAACCUUUAGUGAACACCCAUUAACACCAGGUGAAAUAUUUUUGGUUGAAAUUGAGAAAAAUGAAAGAGGUUGGAGUGGACAUCUGAGAGUAGGACUUACCCAACUUAAUCCAGGAAAUCGGUUUGAAUUACCACAGUUUGCCUUACCCGACCUUGCAAACUUGGGUAAAUCAUGGAUAUUUGCUGUGACAAAGACACAUAAUAGAGUUGUACCAGAAAAUCAGGAGCCAUACAAAUCUGUUAUAAGAAACUCUGAAGUUAUUCAUACCCCGCGUGGAUCUUUUAGUAGAAAUAUGUUGUUACCUAUCAGUAGAAAUGGUGAACCGUGUAGUAAUUCAGACAAUAAAAGUACUAUUUUACCUACUGAUUUAGGUAGUAGGAUAGGUAUAAUGUAUAAAGUUGAGGGCAAUGUUGCAGAAAUGCAUUUUAUUAUUAACGGUGAAGAUCAGGGCCCCUCUUCAAAUACUAUCCCAUUACAAGGUGGACCAUUGUAUGCCGUUGUUGAUGUGUAUGGUACAACAAAACAAGUACGAAUAGUCCAGUUAUAUGGAGUAACUUCAUUGCAAAAUGCAUGCCGUGAUUUACUUUUACAACUUGUGAAAAAAACAGAUAUUGAACGUUUACCAUUGCCCAAAAAAAUUAUACAGUUUCUCAGAUAUGAACUAUAGUCAAUAGUGGAGAAGUAGUACAGAAAACCUAGCCUGUUGUACAAUAGAGACAAAAACAAGUGUUUUGUGCCCGUGUAAUUUUAGGAAUGUUGUGCUUUAAAGAAAUGGAAUCACAUACAUGUUUUCAUACAUGUACAUGUUGCAUGUACAUCUUUAAUCAUACCAUAAUUAAAUGAUAUUUGACUUUUGAAAUCACACCAAUGUACACACCUAUUUAAUUAAGUCACUUUUCAGUUACAUUUGAGUGGGAACAUGUGGUGAAUUUGACCAAGUAUAAGUUCUAAUUAAUGUUAGCAAAGUUCAUUUUUUAUAAUUAUACAUGUAAAUGAGUUUUUAUUAUAAUGAUUGGAGUGUUAAACAAACUGAUAAAAAUGUGAUUGAGUUAUAUGAUCUAUUGAAAGCGACUCCAAAAUUUCGUUCAGAAUUUAAUGAUAAUUUAAUUAAGUAUGAUUCAUGAUAUAAUGUGUUGCAAAUGAAGGAAUUUUGCCCAUAUUGUGUGUUUCCAAAUAUUCAAUAAUUGACAGUAUUUUGUCACACUAUGGUAAUUAUAUGAGAAUUACAUGUACAUGUAGUCCCCUUUUACCACUUGUAUUUGUUUGCAUCUGCAGUAAGUAAAUGUUGAUAUACAUGUACAUGUACUAUUACAGUGUAUAUCAAAAUAUAAUAUCCAAAGCUCCUAAUCAGCCAAUAUCUAGUUUUUCAUGGCCUAAGCAGUUCUAAAAUGUUCAAAAAUUAAUUAUUUAACAUUCAUUAAAGAUACAUUAUGGGAAAUUAGAUAAAGAGCUGGCAGUUCUCAAUAUAAUAGUUAAAAACUAGAUACUGUAAAGGGAAUUUGUUAAAAAUUUCAGUCAAAUUGAUCCACUAUGAACCAAGAUUUUAGCAAUUGAAUUUUCGGUCUAGCCUCGAUCAUCAUUACUAAAGUCGGUAGGAUAAAAAACAGUGUCUCGAUUAUCCAUUUCAUGAUUUAAUUAUGAAUGGAAGUCGAACAGCAAAUCGGAAACUAAUCCAAUAAACAUAGCAGCCUAGCGAUGCCAUGGAGAGUUGAUUAUGGUCUGGAUAAGUUACAUGUAGUUAAUGUCUAAUUAAUAAUUUAGAUAACAUUUCAGGCCCAAAGAAAGACCUGCAAUAGGCAGAUUUAGCUUUUGCAUAAUGUAUGUUUAAGAAACCAAAUCAAAAUAUCAACAGUAGGUAAUAUCUCAAAUUGGACAAUCAGAGGCUUUAAUUAUAUAUGUAUGUGUCCAGUUUUUCGAAAGUAAGAAAUUAAUUAACUCUUUAAUAUUUAAAUAAUAAUCUGGGGUGGCUUAAUUUUAGAGAAAUUGUGAGAAAAUAUAAUAAUUAUCAUCAACUGUGACUUUUUCCUUUAACUUCAAAAUCUACAGUCAAAAGAAGAAAUCAUGUUUUUUUCUGUUAUCUGUUAAGUAAUUGGGAGGGGGCGUCCUAAAUAUUGGAAGUCACUGGCUUUAGCCACAUCAGCCCCGAUCAUAAUCCAUACCACUGGUUAAAAAAUAAUACUAUUUUUGUCAAAAAUAUUUUCUCCUGUAUUAAUAUUAUGUCCCGACUAUCUACAUGUACUAUGCUUAUAUAGGUAUAGUUUCAUUAAAUUAUCUACAUGUAUGUUGGUUUAGAUUUGGUGGGGGUCGAGUGGUCUAAUGUAUGCACUUUAGGUCACAAGGUCUGUUAUUGUGUCAACUGGCGUAGGUGGAUUUUCUCUAGUUAACACUCACUGCUAAAGAUCUAGCCUACCUGCCAGUGAAUUAUUGAAAUAAAAUUGAUAGUCCUGAAAUGACCUGGCUUGCGUCCCAAGUGGAUGUUAAACUGUAUGGUUUUGUGUAUCUCUCUCCACAAGGAUUCACACCUUGAGUUUCAGUUUGAUCAACUUGCCCCACUUACAUCAACAAGAUUACAUUGUAACAUUUUUUUUUUCUUAUCUAUCAAGUUGUAUUUAAAGCAGUGUACUCGGGAGCCAUGGUAGCUAAGUGAGUGAGACGCUAGCUCGCUAGUCUGUAGGUACCAGUUUUGAUCCCCGUGUUGGCCAAGAAAGUUCAUCAGGAUUUUGCGGAGUGGUUUCCCCUUGUCAGUGAAGCAUGAUGGAGGGCCUGACAAGAACAACUGUUUAGUCAUUUGGAUGGGAUGAAAAACCAAGGUCCUGUGUACACAUUGGCAUGCACAUAAAAGAUCCCUUGGAAGUUGGAAUUCGAUAUAAGAGUAAGCUGUAGCUUCCCUGUCCAGCAAAAAUUUCCAUCAUAGUAGGUGCUACACUCACUACACUGUAUGGCGGAAGCCCGUCUUCAUUAGCCUAGCUGGAGCAAAACAGUAGGACAUUCAACCCCAUUUCAUUUCAUGGUACUCAGUACUACUUAUCCAUCAAACCUGUAUUGACUCAUACUGAUACAAGUCACAACAAACCAAACAGUAGCACAGACAAUAAAUGUACAUAAGAAAAUGUAAUUUCAAACAUAGUUCUAAAUUCAGCAUUUAAUGCUUUUAGCGAUCACUCCACGGACCAGAAUUUUCCUCUCAUAGAUUUGGCAUGUGGUAUCAAGUAUUCCUGAAAGUAACUAGUAUAAUUAGCUUACCAUGCGGUCCCCAGUAAAAAUUCCCCAAAUAUUAAAGAUAGUCACCUAAAAACUAGUGCAGCAGCUAACUGCAUAACAACAUGGAAAUCGUUCAAAUGUGGAUUUAAGUAUCAAAAUUGACUCAAAUACUCUUUUCGGAAAUUCCCUCUUGUCAGUGAUGCAGGACGGAGGACAGGCAAGGACAACUGUCUAGUCGUUCAGAUGGGACGAAAAACAGGUCUUCUGUACACAGUGGCAUACAUGUAAAAGAUCCCUUGACAGUUUAGAAUUUGAUAUAAGAGUAGACUGUAGUGCCGCUGUCUGGGCAAAAUUUUCCUCAUAGCAAACUGUAUGCCCGUCUUCAUUAGCCCAGUUCGGAGCAGAACAGUACGGCCUACUCUUAUAUCGAAUUACAACUGUCAAGGGAUCUUUUACGUGCAUGUCAAUGUGUACACAGGACCUCGGUUUUUCGUCCCAUCCAAACGACUAGACAGCUAUCCUUGUUAGGCCCUCCAUCCUGCAUCACUUGCAAGGGGGAACCACGCCGGAAAGUCUGGAUAUAAUACCAAGGAUGGUGAGAAACCACUGAUUACUCGCGCUGCACUUACUUGAUCCGCCACGAGUGCACGCCAAUAUGUACACGGGACCUCGGUUUUUCAUCCCAUCCACAUGACCAGACAGCUGUCCUUGUCAGGCCCUCCAUCCUGACAGCCACCACCGAUUGGUCCGGGAAAAUUACAACAUUCAGCAAAUCAGUCAGAAAUUUCUCAACGUUUGUGGGGUAAUGGCCAUUGAAUAGUUGUUUUCAUUAGAUUGUUUAUCGUCGCCUUAGAAAAUCUGCGGCAUAUGAAAUGGGGUUUAACGUCUUACUCUUAUAUCGAAUUCUAACUACUAAGGGAUCUUUUACGUGCACGUCGAUGUACAUGUAUACUUCGGACCUCGUUUUUCCGUCUCAUCCGAACAAAUAGACAGCUGUCCUUUUUUUUAAUUCACACCAACAAAUAUUACAGUAGAAAUUCAUCAUACAUAAUAAAUACAUACAUUGUUUUUUAAAAAAAUUAUUAAAUGGUUAAAAUAUUUUUUUUUGGUAAAGAUUUCUUAAAAUAUAUGAGGAUGUUAAAGUA